UAGUAAGUGAAAAUUACAAGUGAUUGCGCCACUGUUAUUUGCUUGUGUGUUAUUUUCCAAGAUGUAUUACGAAGAUUGGAGCACCUUCUGUUUUAUUAUCUCUGGAAUAUCAAAAAGGAAUCCAAUAUUCGGUCAUUCAUAAUCAGUGUUGACCGUGAAAUACUCUUUUAUUUAUAAAUUGAUUACCAAUGUUUAGUUUACUAAAAACAAGUUAAAUUAUUACAUAAUUAAUGGAUAUUGUUAUUUAGGCAACCAACAAAAGAAACAAGUAUUUGGUGGCAGGCUUUACUUGGUAAAAAGGUGAAUUUACCGAAGGGAUGAUGAUGGGUGAUCAAUUUCGUACUAAAGUUGAACAAUAUUCCCCAAAGUCAUCUCCAAGGGGUGCAAGAUCACCCGUUGUAUCACGUCAGGAUUCAACGGGAACUCUUAAAACAACAAUAUCUCUUGGGAAAAAUCCUUCGAUUGUUCACAGUGGACCUUUUUAUUUAAUGAAAGAACCUCCUGGAGAGAGCGAACUUACAGGAGCUACUAACUUGAUGAAUUAUUAUAAUCUUGAACACUCUUAUAGUAAAUUCAGUGGUAAAAAAUUAAAAGAACAACUAUCGUCAUUUCUUCCAAAUCUUCCUGGUACUAUUGAUACACCUGGACAUCAAGACAACAGUUCAUUAAGAUCUGUCAUCGAAAAACCACCAAUUGGAGGAAAAGAAUUACUUCCUCUAAAUAUCCACCAACUAUCAGGAUUCCGAUUACAUCCUGGACCACUGCCGGAGCAAUAUCGACAUGUUAAUCAAACACCUCAAAGAAAACACAAGAACAAGCACAAGAAGCAUAAACACAAGCCUGGAGACGUUCCAGCUGGACAAGAGAUAGCGACAACCGAUAUUGCCGGUUCGGAUACCCACGAAAAGAAGCACAAAAAACAGAAAAGGCACGACGAGGAGAAAGAAGCCAGGAAGAAGCGCAAGAAAGAGAAAAAAAGAAAAAAACAAAAGCACAGUCCUGAACACCCUGGUGGAUUGACACCCUCGCAGCAUUCCAACUCGUGAUUGACAAUUAGUUCUUUUUAUACGAUUAAUUAAUAAGCUGGCCAAUUGUGGAGAAUUUUUUGCUCAUUUAAAAAAAACUAAACCAAUUUCUUAAAAGUUAAUAUUAAAACCACAUGUUCUCUGUUUAAACAUUAAUAUUUUAUUUAUAAUAGCGACUAAUAAUCGAAUAAGUAGUUCAAUGUUAUGAGUUAUGAUUAUUUUUUACCAUUAUGAUUUUUUGAAAUUUUUGAUUAAAGAUAUUUCAUUCCAGAGAUAUCAAAGGCGAAAAAUAUUUCAGAGUGAAAAAUCCUGACUGUGUCAAAAAAAAAAAAUGAAAAAAAGCCACGUGGUAUGUUUUUCACAGCUUGAAACUAUCACGUGUUGUUUAUAAUGCGAAUCUGCUUUAUUCCAAAGAUUCUGCAAUCAUGUAAAUAUUUUUAAUUACAAUAAUUACGAUAAUUAUAAAA